UUCCACUCGUGAAUUGUGAAUUGUGGUUGAUAAUUUGAUACGUCCUCAUCUUGAGCCUCUUAAUUUUUUUUCUUUGUUCGUAAUUUACUUCUCGGUAAUUUUAAUUUAAGCAAAAAUGGAUAUGGGUAUUGGAUUGAACAUAUUGCUGAGGUUUCUUUCAGAAGAAUGGAAACUGUUAUUAUUUUUUAAUAUUAUAUUUUUCGUUUAUUUCCAUUACACCAAAACAUUUGAUUAUUUUGAGAAACGUAGAAUAAAAUUUAUGAAGCCGACAAUUUUUUUCGGAAAUUUAUUAGUCAGAUUGUCUGGUAAAAAGUCUUUCAUUAUGUUCCAAUUGGAUACUUACAAAUACUUUAAAGGAGAACGUUUUGGUGGUAUCUUUGAAGGAAGAAGGCCAGUAUUGUACAUUCUUGAUCCUGAAUUAAUAAAAGCCAUUACCAUUCGUGAUUCUGAUCAUUUCUGUGAUAGAGCUAUUCUUCCUACUAAUGAACCAAAAUACAUAAAUAGGUCUAUUCUACAUUUAAGGGGUGCAGAAUGGAAAGUCGUUCGCAGUUUGGUUAGACCAGCAUUCAGUUCAGCCCGCCUAAAAAACAUGUUUCCAUUAAUUCAGCAAUGCACAAGCCAACUAGUUGGUUUCUUAGACAAAUAUAACAAUUCUGAUGUUGAGAUUAAAGAUGUGAUGGUCCACCUGACGUUGGAAAUUACAGGGGUGUGUGCAUUUGGAAUAAGCACCGAUUCACUCAGAGAUGAAAAUGCGGAAUUCAAAAAGGUUGCGAUGGAUUUCAACAAAAUGUCAGUGCCCAAAAGAAUGUUAAUAUUUUCGAUUUUAUUAUUUGCACCUAUAUUGUUGAAGUAUAUGAAUGUAUCGUUUUUUAAUUAUGAAGCAAAUAAAAAAUUGGUUAGUAUAUUAAGGAAGACCAGAGCUGAAAGGGUAUCAACAGGAACAAGGAGAAAUGAUUUUCUUCAACUGUUAAUUGAUGCUUCUGUAACAGAAGAAGAAGAUAUUGUUAACACCAAAACCGAGAGACAUUUGGACGACGACACAGUAGAUGCGCAAGCGUUGAUUUUUCUCAUAGCUGGUUUCGAGACGACUAGUACUUUGCUCUCAUUCGCCAUUUACCAGAUGGCCAUACAACCCGAAAUUCAAAAUAAAUUGAGAGACCACAUAAUGGAAAUAACGAAGGGGGAAGAGUUAAGCUACGAUCACCUUGUACAACUGGAUUAUCUGGAUGCAUUUGUAUCAGAGACAUUACGCAUGUAUCCACCGGUGGCUAGAAUAGAUAGAAAAUGCACAAAACCGUACACAUUGCCCGGGUCGUCUGUACAUCUUCAAGUGAAUGAUUUCGUCGCAAUACCUGCGUACGGUAUUCAUAUGGACCCGGAAAUAUACCCCGAACCAGAGAAGUUCAAACCGGAAAGGUUUACGCGCGAGGGUAAAAAUGAGGUACCCUCUCAUUUGUUUUUGGCGUUUGGCGCUGGUCCCAGAAACUGUAUUGGUGCUCGAUUCGCCAUGGUCAUCGCUAAAGCUACGAUUGUAACACUCGUACGAAAUUACAAAUUUUCAAUGUGUUCCAAAACUGAAGUGCCUAUAACAUUUCAUAAAAAAGCCUUUUUGCUAACAGCUGAAAAUGGAGUUUGGGUUCGGGUUGAGAAGAUAUGAAUCUAUAUAUUUACUAUACUUUUUUUUUAAAUUGAACUUCUGCAAUGUUAGUUUAAGUUAUAUCGUUUUACACAACAAAAUUGCCAGUAGUGUAAAAAAAAUAUAUGUGAUAGAAAUGCCAGUAAUUCUUUUUCGAAAUGUACAAAAGUGUUUAACGUACAAAUGUUUUUUUAUGAUUAACGAAUAUCAUAUGAUCUUGCCGAGGAAUAUAAUUUAUGUUACGUAUAAGUAGUGCCUAAGGGUUUUAAACGGAAAUUAUUAUUUACAAUUUUAUAUUUUUAAUUUA